AUGAAGUCCCUCCUCGCCGCCCUCCUCGCCGCCCUCGUCGUCGGCGCCGCCGCCGCCCCCGCGCAGCAGGCCUCGCAGGCCCACCGCAUCGACUCGAACCGUCGCUUCUUCUGCCCCAAGCGCGUCCAGGCCUUUUGCAGCGCCUCCAACAUCCACUCGGGCUGCACCUUUGGCGGCACCUUUCGCUCCGACGCCAUGGACACCUGCCGCGAUUGCACUUGCUAA